AUGUCCACAUUCCAGAUAUUAUCAGAUUUACAUCUAGAAAAUCCCUCGGCAUACGAUGUGUUCAGCGUCUCUCCAAAGGCACCUUAUCUUGCUCUGCUGGGAGAUAUAGGAGUGGUCAAAGAUGCAGGCUUCACUACAUUCAUUGAAACCCAGUUGCGUCAAUUUCAAAUCGUGUUCUUCCUAUUAGGGAAUCAUGAGCCCUACCACUCAACUUGGGAAGAGACAAAGCAAGUUCUCCGUCUAUUCUCGGCCUCUGUCAAUCAUCAGCGUUCAACUUCAGAACAAGAUGAGCAUUCAAAAACAAUGGGUUCUUUUAUCUUCUUAGAUCAGACUCGCUAUGAUCUCUCGCCAAAUGUGACUAUCCUGGGGUGCACACUCUUCUCACGGGUGAGCGAGGCUGAUAAGGAGCACGUCAGCUAUGGUCUCAAUGACUUUUACCACAUUAAAGACUGGACGGUUGAUAAUCACACAGCUGCUCACGAAGCAGACUUGCGGUGGUUAAACGGACAGGUUUCUCAUAUCGCUGCCUCUGAGCCUCAUCGUAAGAUUGUGGUUUUUACGCAUCAUGGCCCAGUCACUCAGGAUCCGCGGGCUCUUGAUCCAAGGCAUGUGAAUAGCUCGCUGUCAUCGGGCUUUGCCAGCGAUCUCUCCGGGCAGGAGAUAUGGAAGAGUCCACUUGUAAAGUUAUGGGCAUUUGGGCAUACCCACUUUAAUUUCAGUUAUAUUGAAGCGGGUACCGAGAAGAUGGUGGUCAGCAACCAGCGCGGCUAUUACUUUUCUCAGGCACAUGGAUUUGAUGGAGAGCUCGUAGUUGAAGUCUGA